AUGACUGGCACCAACAAGGUCCUGAAGAACGUGGCCGUGAAGAACUUCAAGGAUUCUGAAAUCACAGCCCAGACCCACGCCGAGCAGAAGGAGAUGAUGACUGAGAUCAGCUCGUUGUCCGCCACUUACCACGUCAACAUCAUUCAGUUCUAUGGGGUGUUAUGUGAUGUGCCACCCAUCAAAGUUAGUACUGUUUUGAGUGUUAUUUCUGUAUUUUUAUCCAUUUCUAAGCUUAUUUUGAUCUUUAUACCAUGCCAUGAUGUUUUAAAAAGUUGUCAAGGCAUACGAUUACCCUAUAGUAUUAUACUGUAAUAUCCCACAGUAAAACCAUCGUGUUUCAGCUGGUCAUGGAGUUUUGUCCUGGAGGAAGCUUGGGCUCUCACCUCCUCUCCCAGAAGGACGCCAUCAAGAUUGGAGAGCGGAUUCUGUACCUUUUUGAAGCCGCCAGAGGCAUGGAGUACCUCGAGGGCAUCAGCAUUGUCCACCGAGAUCUGGCCGCGAGGAACUGUCUGAUUGCCAUUGACACGACACUCAAGAUCGGAGACUUUGGCCUCAGCCUGACGACCCAGGAGCUGAGCGAAGAGAAGAUUGACGGUAACUUCAAGGCCCCGAUCCGCCUUCUGAGCCCCGAAACCAUCGGAAAGAAGCCUCUGUUCUCGCACAAGAGCGACGUCUGGUACGUUUGUUUUGUUUGUAGUCGAAAGCAGUGUUUUAAUCUGUUGUUCUUGAUAGUCUUUGCAUUCUGAUCGAGAAGCGAUCGACCAACCAUAGCUCAGUUGGUAGAGCGGAGGACUGUAGUUCAGCGGGAAUCCUUAGGUCGCUGGUUCGAAUCCGGCUGGCUGGAAUUUUUUUUUUGAUUUUUCAGUUUAAGUCUUAUAUUCUAUGUACUUUGUGACCAUUUUGUGAUCGAGAACAACUGUAACAAUCUGAUAUUAUAGUAGUGUACGAUAACUUUUAACUAAUCUUAAUUUUAAAAUGAUUUCAGGGCCUAUGGCAUGCUUUGUUGGGAGAUCUUCAACAAUGGCCAGAAACCAUGGCCAGACGAUGAAGUCAAGAAGAUUGCCAGAGACAUUAAGACCGGCAAGAUGCCCACCGUUCCCAACACGAUGCCCCCAGAGGUGAAGGCGAUAGUCAAGGCGUGCUGGAACAAGGACCCAGAGAGUCGACCAAGCUUUUGGGAUAUCUUGCACAAGCUUCACAAGCUCGUCAAUGGCAAGUACGCUCCUCCACCACCUCCUGAAAGGUCUACCACCAGGAUCAAAGGAGUUUAUGCCAAGUCGCUGGACGAUCUCAAUCUGAAGGCCAAUUCGCCAAAGGGGCGGAAGAAGAAUAGGCGGAUCUUCUCGGUCAGGGUAGGUUAACUUUUUUUAUUUUUCUUUUUGAUUUGUUUUGCUUAAAAAUGGCAUUUUGACGAAGAAAUGGCCUUUGCAGUACACAUAAAACAAUAUUAAUAUUAUAAAUUCAACUUUUCUAAUUUCAGGACGACGACGACACUCACCACAGGCACAAAGACACUGUCAGUCAGCAGUCGAAUGCAACGACGACAACCACCAACUCUUCAAGUGGCAAAAACAGUGGCGCGACCCGAAAGCAACGACCGGUCGGAAGUGUCAACAGGACUAAUUCUCUUGGACUCGUACAGUAAGUUUUUAAAUUCUACAUUCUGUAGUAUUGGUGUUUGGUAAUACGUAUACUACUACGACGGUACUUUUUUGGAAAUUAUACUGCUUUUUUUGUACCAUACUCAAUUUUUGAUUUUACUUUACUUACUUAUAUUAGGUAGUUCAAAUAAUUCUGCGCUCCUAUCAAAACAAAUUUUCUAGGUUAAGGAGCACUGAAUUAUGUGAACAACCUAAUAUUGGUAAAAUCAGCUAAUAUUUUCACUUUCAGACGCCGUAGCAUCGUGUUACCCUCCAAAGUCGUUGGUCAAGCACGCUCCAAGAACAAACGGAAGUAG